ACCCACCUCAAUAUAUUCUUCUCCUUCUUCCUGUCUCCUUCUCCAUUUCUCUUCAUUUGGCCGCCAUGGGAAACACCUUUGGAGCCAAGAGGACGGUGAAGGUCAUGAAGAUCACCGGCGAGACGAUGAAGCUCAAGUCCCCGGUUCAGGCUGGAGACGUCGUCAAAGACUAUCCCGGCUUUGUUCUGCUCGAGUCCGAGGUCGUGAAGCACUACGGUGUUCGAGCAAAGCCAUUGGAGGACCACCAAAAGCUCAGUCCGAAGAGGCUCUAUUUCCUCGUCGAGCUGCCCAAGGUUCCAAAAGAACAGGUUCCACGGCGGGUUCGGUCCGCGAUUAACAUGAGUGCCAAGGACAGGCUUGAGAGCUUGAUGUUAGCGCGGCGGUCGGCGUCGGACCUGUAUAUCAUGAAACCGAAGAGCGUGUUGCUGGAGGAGAGCGGUGGCGGGGAGGGAGAGGGAGCGGUGUCGGGGUCGGGGUCGACACAGGUGAAGGUUCGGCUGCCGAGGGCGGAGGUGGAGAGGCUGUUGAAGGAGAGCAGAGAUGAGGCAGAGGCAGCGGAGAAGAUUGUUGGAUUCUACAUGGAUAAAAACAGACAACAAACCUCUGUUCCUCAAAAUUCUCACAACUACAAGGAGAAGCCUGAGGAUAUCAAGCCACGUGAGAAACGGCGCGUAAGUUUCAUGGCGACAAGGGAAGUAGGGACUCAAAUUGCAGUGGCAUCAUAAUCUAGGAGAACAACAAGAUUCGUGAAUAAAAUUGAAGUGAUAUAGUGACGGUUUACGAAGAGUACUACGUUACGUCCUUCACUUCACUUGAAACAUUUGAAUCUUGAACAAGUUUUUGUAGAAUAUAUAUAAACAGACUUACUCUA